UCCAAGACAGAGAUGCUUGAGAUGGGGGGUGUCCAUGCCUGGGGAGGGAGGAGUUGAUCUUCUCUGGGCUGUCUGAAGAAGAGCUGGGGUUCAGGUUGGCUUAAGCAAACCUCCAUGUGCCCUUACUCGAGAGGUCUGUGGCCAAGUGUCUUACUAGGUUGGGAGCCCCUCGAGGGCAGAUAACGGGCUUUUUUCCUUUGUCCCUCUGGCACAGUGUCUGGCCGUGCACAGAUGCUUGUUGACUUGACUUGCCGCUGACCUCUCUCCCUCCCAGGACAGUUUCUCAGGAUAGAGCCACGUCCAGCCUCCAGGACUUCCCCCAUGGCCCGGGCAGCCCUGGUGCUCCUGACUCUGGCCUUGCUGGCCUCCCUCAGUGCCAUCGUCAUUCUUUUUACCCUUCUAACUUUCCUCUCCAAGGGCUGGAAGUUCUACAAUGGAAACCUUUACUAUGUUUACCAAAAGCAUACAUCCUGGAACGAGGCUGAAAAGUUCUGUGAAUCAUGGGGGUCUCAUCUGACAUCUGUGACCUCAGUGGAAGAACAGGAGUUCCUUAUUAGGAGAGCCAAGGGCUUUCCCUCUUGGAUUGGUCUGACCACCAUGGGUACUGAGGGCAGCUGGCGCUGGGUUGAUGGGACUCUCUACAAUGAGACCAAUAGCAGAAGGUUCUGGAUGGGAGGUCAGCCACAAUCCUGGAGGAUGAGAAACAAGUGUGUGGAGAUGCAGGUCAAGCCUUUACAAUCAUGGAAUGAUAGAAACUGUUGGGCUGAUCUCCAGGGGAUCUGUAAAAAAGCUCUCAAGAGGUUUGAGGACUCAGACGUAGGCCAAAGGACAGAACUGGACUGAGAUGCCAAUGGCCCAUCUUCAGAAGGACCAUACUUUUUCUCCCUGCCUAAGAAGGAACCAAGACACUGCAUCCAGAAUGCCAGAUUUAUGGGCCCUGCAGACUUGGCCUAGGGCUUUUACAUCAUCAAUUCCUGAGGACACUCAACAUCUGAGUUACUCAAAUUUCUUUGGUAGUCUAUAUUUCUCCCUCACCCAAGACACAACUCUUAUAUAGGAGGUAGUUUAGAAGGUCUGAAAAUACUCCAAAUUGGAGUGUGGCCUCUGAUUUCUGCUGAGUCUUUCAGAAGCUUACAGGGAAUAGAAUGGAAGUGGGUGUAUAUUUUAUGUGGAAAGGGAGAAACUGAAGGGUUACUUUUAUCUUCAUUUUACUCUGAAACGCUGGGAAAAUACAAGACAAAGAAUAAAGGUAGAAAAUGUUCAUGGGAACAUUUACAUUUGAAGCUGGAUUUUCCUUCAUGGAACUUACGUUCUCACAGGGAGAUGACAGUAGUAGUAGUAGUAGUAGUAGCAGCAGCAGCAGCAGCAGUAGUAGUAGUAGUAGUAGUAG